AUGUCAGCAGCCGCCGGGAGCGACCCGUGUUUACCGAAAACGAGCAGCGAUCACCGCAAGCUCCUCAUUCCGCCGCCACACGAGCAAUGCCCGGCCGCGGAUCGGAUGCUAGCGAGGAACCGACGAGCUGAGCCGAGAGAGAACGCGACAGCUCCGGCCCAGCAUCCCCAAACAACUCCCCCCUCCCAUCCACAGCAGCACGGCACGGCACGGCACGACGCAAGGCUGGAAGAAGGAGGAGGAGAAACGAACUUCCUAAUUCUAUUUUCUUCUCUGCAGCCUAAGGGAAAGAAGGCAAAGGGGAAGAAGGUGGCACCCGCCCCUUCGGUGGCCAAGAAACACGAGGCCAAGAAAGUUGUCAACCCCCUGUUCGAGAAGAGGCCCAAGAACUAUGGCAUCGGCCAGGAUAUUCAGCCCAAGCGUGAUCUGACACGCUUUGUGAAAUGGCCUCGCUACGUCCGACUUCAGAGGCAGCGCGCCAUCCUCUACAAGCGUCUGAAGGUUCCUCCAGCAAUCAACCAGUUCACCCAGGCUCUGGACCGUCAAACCGCCACACAGCUGUUCAAGCUGGCCCACAAGUACAGGCCAGAGACCAAGCAGGAGAAGAGGCAGAGGCUGCUGGCCCGCGCUGAGCAGAAGGCUGCUGGAAAGGGAGAUACCCCCACCAAGAGGCCCCCUGUCGUCCGUGCAGGUGUGAACACAGUCACCUCCCUGGUGGAGAGCAAGAAGGCCCAGCUGGUCAUCAUUGCCCACGAUGUGGAUCCAAUUGAGCUCGUCGUCUUCCUCCCAGCUCUGUGCCGCAAGAUGGGUGUCCCAUACUGCAUUAUCAAGGGCAAGGCUAGACUGGGCAGACUGGUGCACAGAAAGACAUGCACUUCAGUUGCCUUCACACAGACUAACCCUGAGGAUAAAGGUGCACUUGCCAAGCUUGUGGAAGCCAUCAAGACCAACUACAAUGACAGAUACGAGGAGAUCCGUCGUCACUGGGGAGGCGGCAUCAUGGGCCCCAAGUCCACAGCCCGUAUUGCUAAGCUGGAGAAGGCAAAGGCCAAGGAACUGGCCACCAAGCUUGGUUAAAAUCUUUGGAAUAAAAAAAUAUGUAUGUCCUAA